CAGAACCCCCAACUACUAUGCCAACACAGAUGAAAUUCAUUCGUGAAUUCCAAACUUCAAAACCACUGAAUUUCUUCUCCCAGAGAUCAAAACUUUCUCCUGAAUCAGUUAUCAGCAAAGACCAACCACGAUGUCAUCAUCAGACUUCACAAUCGAAUCAUUCACAGUAGAAAGCAACAAUAACGACGGAGUAAAACUCCAUACAAGGCUAUUCAAACCAGGUUCAACAACAGAUGUUAAAGACAAAAACUUUGCGAUAAUUCUGAUCCACCCAUAUUCUGUUUUGGGUGGUUCACAAGGUCUUCUUAAAGGUAUAGCUUCUGGGUUGGCUGUAAAUGGUUAUACUGCUGUCACUUUUGAUAUGAGAGGUGUUGGUAAAUCUACUGGUAAAGCUUCUCUUACUGGUUUUGCUGAAGUUAAAGAUGUUGUUUCUGUUUCCAAUUGGGUCCAGAAUUCUCUUUCUAUUCAGAAAAUCUUACUCAUUGGUUCUUCCGCAGGUGCACCUAUAGCAGGGUCUGCUGUUGAUCAGAUCCAACAAGUAAUUGGUUAUGUCAGCAUAGGUUAUCCGUUUGGCAUCACUGCUUCAAUCCUUUUUGGAAGACACCACAAAGCCAUUCUACAAUCUCCAAAACCCAAACUCUUCAUUAUGGGAACACAGGAUGGAUUCACAAGUGUAAAGCAGCUCAAAAACAAGCUUAAAUCUGCAGCUGGACGCGUUGAAACACAUCUAAUUGAGGGAGUAGGCCACUUUCAAAUGGAAGGACCUGCCUAUGAUACUUACAUGGUUGAUCUUAUCCUUAAAUUUAUUCAAUCAUUGUAAAGACAAACAAAUAACUCGUUUUCGAGUAUGUCUUUAAAUACUGGGAUUAGUUUGACUUUGUGUACAUAAUUGGGUGUAUCAAAUCUGCAGAUUAGACUCUUGAUUUGUAUCCUAUAUGCCAAAUUCUAAAAAUGAUUGAUCUCAUCAUUAAAUUUAUUGAAUCAUUGUAAAGACAAAAAUAUUCAAAAGUUGAGUGUGAUUUAAUUUGUUUGUGUA